AGUAAAGUACAAAGGAAACUGUGGUUUGAGCUUUUCUAAGUGAAAAAUUCAGUGUGUGAUCUCACAUCACCAAAUGGUACGAUGGGACAAACAUCUCUUCAUUGGCUUUUCUUUCUGACCUCACUGCUGUGCUGCACAACAAACCAAGAUCAACAUGAAGUGAAUGCAAAGCUUGGAGAGGACGCCACUCUUCCCUGUCGGGGUCACGGAAAUGCUACCAUAGAAGUGAUAAAGUGGAACAGAACUGACCUGAAGUCAGAUGAUAUUUAUGUCUUCUUCUUCAGAGACGGCCGCUCACAUGAAAACUACCAGCAUGAAUCUUAUCAUGGUCGAGUGGAGCUGAGAGAUCCAGAGAUGAAGGACGGAGACGCUUCUGUGAUUCUGAAGAACGUCACCUUCAACGACACUGGAACAUAUGAGUGUCGGGUUAGAGAGGAAAACGAGACAGGGAAAGUUAAACUCAUCAGCAUCAUCAACAUGACAGUGACAGAGCCAGGUCACACAGCUGGACACAAGGAGGGAGGAGACAAGGAAGGAAAUGUUGGACUGAGAGUCGGUCGGCCAGUUGGUGUGAUUCUUCUUUUUCUUCUUCUUUGUGGUGGUGUUUUUUCAUCUAUAGAAAAUAUAGUUCAUACCAACGGGCUGCUAUGAUUUAAGUUUACCCAACUGCAGAGUUGGCUGCAGUGUUUGUUCUGUUUGACUAUAAGACCAGAGAUGAGAAUUAAAGUUAUUCCAUAAGAAUGAAGAAGUGGGUACUGUACUGGAAACUUAUGAUAACCCAUGUGACCUUUUGGACUCAUCCUAUUAAAACCUUACCUAUCAAACUCAA